AUGUUGGUUAAGCUGCGUGCGAAACCCUGCUGCUCCCAGGCCGAUGGUGAUGCCGACGAGGUGAAACCAGCUGCAUAUCUUGCAAUUUCCGCGGCCAGUGCGAUAGACCCCGAGCCAACGAGCAAGAUCAGUAGCAAUGAAGCUAUCGCGCCUUCAGUCUCGGGGGCCACGGUGCAGCAGCCGAGGGGUCUCUCGCAGGUUGCGUUCGACAGCCUUGAUCCGGAACGCAAGCGCUGGCUGUCGACAGAACAAUCCCCAGAUAGGAUGAUUGAGAAGGUAAUCAGUGACACGAAAGAGAAAUACCCCGAGUUUCGCAACAAAAGCCUGUCGAUCCGACGACGCGACGGAAGAGAGAUCAAGGUCCGCGACAUUGCCCAGCAAAUCCUCCCCUCGGCGUUGAACGCGCAGGAAAUCGUGAAGUCGGUGGUAGCCUUUGAUCCCACUGGACAUGCAAUAAACCGCAUCGACUACCUGAGGGAUCGUCUCGUUGGGGUUAUGACCAAGAACUAUAUCAAGCGCAAAGAUGCUAUUCUGGAAGCCUCUGAGUAUCUGGCUGAGCAACUUGCAUAUUUUACUGUCCUCGAUAAAUAA